AAUAGCCUCUUUGAGACACUUUUUGCUGAGGAGCUUGGUCUUAUUGUUGAGGUUAGCAAGAAGGACCUGGAUACUGUAAUGGGAAAGCUUAACAGUGCCGGUAUCUCUGUUGACAUCAUUGGGCAAGUGACCACCUCACCUUUUGUAGAAUUGAAAGUUGAUGGGGUGACUCAUUUAAAAGAGAAGACUUCUUUUCUGAGAGAUAUGUGGGAGGAUACUAGUUUUCAGCUGGAAAAAUUCCAAAGAUUGCUGUCUUGCGUGGAGCAAGAGAAAGAAGGAUUGAAGUUCAGGAGGGAACCUUCAUGGAAGCUGUCUUUCACUCCUUCUUUUACAGAUAAGAAAUAUAUAACUGCAACUUCAAAACCAAAAGUGGCUGUAAUUCGAGAGGAAGGCAGCAAUGGUGAUAGAGAAAUGUCUGCAGCAUUCUUUGCUGCCGGUUUUGAACCCUGGGAUGUUACCAUGUCAGAUCUUCUUAAUGGAGCUACCUCUCUGAAUGAGUUUCGUGGAAUUGUCUUUGUUGGUGGUUUUAGCUAUGCUGAUGUUCUAGAUUCAGCAAAAGGUUGGUCUGCUUCCAUCCGGUUCAAUCAGCCUCUUCUAAAUCAAUUUCAGGAGUUCUACAGAAGGCCAGACACUUUUAGUCUUGGUGUUUGUAAUGGGUGUCAACUAAUGGCUCUGUUAGGGUGGAUUCCAGGCCCCCAAGUCGGAGGUGCACUUGGUGCUGGUGGGGAUCCAUCACAGCCAAGGUUUGUUCACAAUGAGUCUGGACGGUUUGAAUGUCGUUUCACAAGUGUGAAAAUAAAGGAUUCACCUGCUAUGAUGUUUAAAGGAAUGGAAGGCAGCACAUUGGGGGUCUGGGCUGCCCAUGGUGAGGGUAGAGCAUACUUUCCUGACGAUGGUGUUCUAGAUCGCAUACUCCACUCAAACUUGGCACCUCUAAGAUAUUGUGAUGAUGAUGGGAAUGCAACAGAAGUGUAUCCUUUCAAUGUGAACGGUUCUCCCUUAGGUGUAGCAGCAAUUUGUUCCCCUGAUGGGAGGCAUCUAGCCAUGAUGCCUCAUCCAGAGCGUUGCUUCUUGAUGUGGCAAUUCCCAUGGUAUCCAAAGCAUUGGAAUGUAGACAAGCAAGGGCCAAGCCCAUGGUUAAAGAUGUUCCAAAAUGCUAGAGAAUGGUGUUCUUAAGAUGCUGCUUUUUCAGUAUCUUGAACCCACAAUUCGCCUGCCGAGCACAAGCUUCAUAAAGCUUUCAAGUCAGGAGGACUGCUUGUCUGUUUUAGUCAUUUUCUCAAUAUGUCCAAGGUGUUAAAGUUCUUUUCUUGUUUUCAUUUGAUGAAAAUACAGAUGAUGAUUUUGACAAAUGGAGCAGUGAAACUUUUGACAUUUUCUUGACAUCCUUUCAAUUAUCUUGUGGUUUCUUCUCCUUUUGUGACUUAAUGCAUAAUGUAUGAAGGGCUUUGGCCUUUAUGAAAUGAAAAUUAUACUUAUUACAGUUGUA